AUGGCUAGGGAUUAUCCUCAUAAGAAGGAUCAAAUGCAAGGGAAGAGUACUUAUCAGUUUUAUACCUUGGAUGCAAAGAAGGCUACGGGUAACAAUGAAUUGAUUGUUGGUACGUGUCACUUAAAUGAUCAACCUUAUUUUGUAUUAUUUGAUUGUGGAGCAACACACUCUUUUGUAUCGAUACAAUGUAUGGAGUGUCUUGGUUUUAAAGUGAGUCCUUUAUCUCCUCCUAUGGUGGUAAAUACCGCCAUGGAUGAUGUUGUAGAAACACCAUUGAUUUGUAAGAAUUAUUCGUUGUCAAUGAAUGAUAGAGUUUUUCAUAUUGAUCUCAUAUGUUUACCCCUUAAAAAAGUUGAUGUAGUUUUGGGAAUGGAUUGGAUUCUUGUCAAUUCGGUGUUUAGUUGGUGUGAAGAAAAGAUAAUCAUCAUUCCAUCUAAUUAA